UUCCAAGAGAUGCUUCGCGAGCCGAUUCCAUUCUCGCAAGUCGGAACUAAUCCGUUCAGAAAAUCGUCCGUAAAUCGAGACAUGGCCUAGAGCUCAAAGUGAGUCGAGGCAGGUUCAUCCGGGGAAAGAGUUCGUGAAUCCAAGAAUCCCCCGUCGCACUCGCUGCACUGGGGCAGUCAUCGCUCAACGCCCGGCUCGAGCGUAGGAGAUCCGACGAUGGCGGAAUAUUCUGAAUUCUUCUCGAAGAACGAGCCGUGCGCGAACUUCGAAGAACGCUCGCAGAGGAUCAAGGACUUCUGCGAUUACCACAUGACGAAGAAUUCCAGGGUCAUACUCAUCACCGCGGGAGGCACUACGGUCCCAUUGGAGCAAAAAACGGUUCGUUUCGUGGACAACAUCAGUCUCGGCAACCGGGGUGCUGCCAGUGCCGAGUAUUUCCUGGACGCCGGGUACGCUGUGAUCUACAUGCAUAGGCAAAACUCUCUCGAACCUUUCUCUCGUAGUAUCAAGGGCAAUGUACUCGAUCUAUUCAACGCAAAGAAUGGAACCCUGGAAAUUUCAAACAAGGUUCGCGGUCUCCUCGGGGAACAAGUAUCACGCCAUGAAGCGGCUCGGGCCCAGAACAGGUUGCUGAAAGUGUCUUUUACGACGGUCGCCGACUAUCUGUUCCUCUUGAGGGCGGCUGCUCUGCAUCUGGCUCCUCUGGGCAAACACGCAGUCCUUUAUUUGGCGGCUGCAGUGAGCGACUUCUACGUGAUACCCGAGAAGAUGUCCGAGCAUAAAAUAAGCUCCGACUCUCAGCUGUCCCUCAAUUUCCAUCUCGUACCGAAAAUUCUCAAACCGCUCGUUCUAUCGUGGGUACCCGACGCAUUCGUGAUUUCAUUCAAAUUGGAAACCAACGAGAGUAUACUCCUCGACAAAGCUCAUGCUGCUCUCGAGAACUACAAGCAUCGCUUGGUCAUCGCGAAUGAUCUUGAAAGUCGUAGAGAACGCGUGGUUCUAGUCAGCCGGACCGACCGCGAAGAAAUCAGAAUGAGCCUAGAGGAGCUCAGUGCGGGCAUUGAAAUCGAGCGGAAAAUCGUUGCACGCCUGACUGAGCUUCACGCUGCAUUCUUGGCCAACCAGUAGGAUUGUGAUCAGAAGCAUCAGUCUAUCGAGGAGAUUCCCGCGCAAAAGGAUUGGGGAAAGCUCUGGCUCCGGAAUCGGGCUUGUAGCUUCGAGUCGGUGAAUACACACAUUCGACGGUUCAAGUCUGCAGAGCGAGCAGUUGCUGUUUGUCAUCAAUUCGGCGCUUUCGAACAAAUUCGCGAUGACGUCCGAGGAUGCGUCGUACAAGACUUGGGGGAUCAACAAUAUCCGAUCGCCUCAAGCUCUUCCGGACAUGACUCUGCAGGAACUGUCGCUGAAGCAGUAAUGUACUAUGCUUUCUAGUCGUCAAUGUUCUGCUUCUUGUUCUAGUGCGGAAGUGUUCCUAUACGCUAUCUUGCU